CUCUAUUCUUCAACUCUCUCUUUUCAUCCACCAGCGUAGCCAAAUCACAAUAGGCCUUCAUGUCUCAAGACUCAAAUCUUUCCGAGAUGGCCCAAAGGUUGGAAGCGGUAGGAAACACGAUUUCCCAAAGCAGGUAUGAUUGGGAUGAUGGAUCUGACCAUUGUGAUGUAACAAAGAUAUAUGUACGAUGUGGUCUUGAAGGCAUACAGUUCGUCAAGUUCGACUAUGUCAAGACAGGACAACCAAAAGAUGGAGCAUUCCAUGGUCACGCGGGUGAAGGUUUGACACAGAUGUUUGAGAUUAACCAUCUAAAAAACGAACAUCUUAAAUCUGUUCUAGUCUAUCACUGCGGAUCCGUAGAGCCGGCAAAAUGGGCUGUCCUCGUCCAUUUGGACCAGUCCAUUUUUGUCCAUUUUAUCUGUGGACAUAUUGUGACCAUGUCCAUUAUGGACUAUGCCCAUUAUAGACUAUGCCCAUUGACGACCAAUUUCAAAUGGGCUGUCCAUUAA